CCCGCGGCCGGGCCCGGGCCCGCCUCGCCGCUCAGGAUGUCCCGGAAGGCGCAGCGGGCGGAGGUGUGCGCCGACUGCAGCGCCCCAGACCCCGGCUGGGCCUCCAUCAACCGCGGCGUGCUCAUCUGCGACGAGUGCUGCAGCGUGCACCGCAGCCUGGGCCGCCACAUCUCCAUCGUCAAGCACCUGCGCCACAGCCCCUGGCCCGCCACGCUGCUCCAGAUGGUGCACACCUUGGCCAGCAACGGUGCCAACUCCAUCUGGGAGCACUCGCUGCUGGACCCGGCGCAGGUGCAGAGCGGGCGCCGCAAGGCCAACCCCCAGGACAAAGUGCACCCCACCAAGUCGGAGUUCAUCCGCGCCAAGUACCAGAUGCUGGCGUUCGUGCACAAGCUGCCGUGCCGGGACGACGACGGGGUCACCGCCAAGGACCUCAGCAAGCAACUGCACUCGAGCGUGCGGACGGGCAACCUGGAGACCUGCCUUCGCCUGCUCUCGCUGGGCGCCCAGGCCAACUUCUUCCACCCGGAGAAGGGCACCACGCCGCUGCACGUGGCCGCCAAGGCCGGCCAGAUCCUGCAAGCGGAGCUGCUGGUGGUCUACGGCGCGGACCCCGGGGCGCCCGACGUCAACGGCCGGACCCCCAUCGACUACGCCAGGCAGGCGGCGCAGCACGAGCUGGCCGAGCGGCUGGUGGAGUGCCAGUACGAGCUGACCGACCGGCUCGCCUUCUACCUCUGCGGGAGGAAGCCGGACCACAAGAACGGGCACUACAUCAUCCCGCAGAUGGCGGACAGGGUGCGCCCCAAGUGCGUGGCACAGAGCCUCGACCUGUCCGAACUGGCCAAGGCGGCCAAGAAGAAGCUGCAGGCGCUCAGCAACCGGCUCUUCGAGGAGCUGGCCAUGGACGUGUACGACGAGGUGGACCGCCGCGAGAACGACGCGGUCUGGCUGACGACGCAGAACCACAGCACGCUGGUGACGGAGCGCAGCGCCGUGCCCUUCCUGCCCGUCAACCCCGAGUACUCGGCCACCCGCAACCAGGGCCGGCAGAAGCUGGCGCGGUUCAACGCCCGGGAAUUCGCCACGCUGCUCAUCGACAUCCUGGGCGAAGCCAAGCGCCGGCAGCAGGGGAAGAGCCUGCUGAGCCCCACAGACGCCCUCGACUACUCGCUGCGGAGCCAGAGCGACCUGGACGACCAGCACGACUACGACAGCGUCGCCUCCGACGAGGACACGGACCAGGAGCUGCUGCGCAACGCCUCGCGCAACAACCGUGCCCGGAGCAUGGACUCCUCGGACCUGUCGGACGGCCCCAUCACGCUGCAGGAGUACCUGGAGGUGAAGAAGGCCCUGGCGGCCUCGGAGGCCAAGGUGCAGCAGCUCAUGAAGGUGAACAACAGCCUGAGCGACGAGCUGCGCCGGCUGCAGCGCGAGAUCCACAAGCUGCAGUCGGAAAACUCGCAGAUCCGGCAGCAGACGGGCCCCACGCACCCGGCGCCGGCCCCCAGCGAGCGCCCGGAGCACGGGCACCCCCCGGGCCCGGCCGCCGCGCACCGCCGGGACCGCCAGGCCUUCUCCAUGUACGAGCCCGGCUCGGCGCUCAAGCCCUUCGGGCAGCCCGCGGAGGAGCUCGUGACGCGGCUCCAGCCCUUCGGCUCCAGCGAGGCGGAGGACGAGGCUCUGUACCCCGUGCACAUCCCGGCCAGCGUGUACCGGAUCCGGAAAGGUGUGUCUGCCUCCUCGGUGCCCUUUCCCCCGUCCUCCCCGCUGCUCUCCUGCCCGCCCGACGGUGCCCGGCACAUGAGCAAGCUGGACCGGCACGGCAGCGGCACCGACAGCGACUACGACAACACGCAGGCGGGUGAGCUCCUGCUCAGCGUGGAGGGGAAGCGGUUCGUGGAGCUGAGCAAGGAGGAGGACUUUGCGCACGAGCUGGACCCGCUGGACGGGGAGCUGGACCCGGGGCUGCCCAGCACCGAGGACGUCAUCCUCAAAACCGAGCAGGUCACCAAGAACAUCCAGGAGCUGCUGCGGGCUGCGCAGGAGUCCAAGCACGACAGCUUCGUGCCCUGCUCGGAGAAGAUCCACUCGGCCGUCACGGAGAUGGCUUUGCUCUUCCCCAAGAAGCCGGCGCUGGAGACGGUGCGGAGCUCCCUGCGGCUGCUCAACGCCAGCGCCUACCGGCUGCAGAGCGAGUGCCGCAAGACGGUGCCGCCGGAGCCGGGCGCCGCCGUGGACUACCAGCUCCUGACGCAGCAGGUCAUCCAGUGCGCCUACGACAUCGCCAAGGCCGCCAAGCAGCUGGUCACCAUCACCACGCGGGAGAAGAAGCAGUGAGCCCCCGGCGCCGCGCCGCCUCGCCCGCGAUCAUUUGAUUUUUUUUUUUUUUUCCUCCCCCCUUUUUUUUUUUUUCUCCUCCGCGCGGGCGCCCUGCCGAGCCGGCGGAGGAGCCGGUGCUGAGCGCGUCCUCCGGCCGAGGCCCGCGGUGGGGGCCCGCGCCCCCUCCUCUCUGUGUAUAUAUAUAUUUCCCCCCCGUCCCGUGCCCGGAGCCGCUGCCGCGCGCCGUGCCGCCCGCGCCCCUAACUUAUCCCGCACCGAGCGCGCGGAGCCGCCCGCGGCGGCGGGGAUGCGACCCCCCCCCCACCUCGCCGCCUGCGGCAUUACACUGGACCGGGGGGGGGGGUGCGCGCGGCGGGGGCCCCCGGCCGCCCCCGGCCCCGCUCUACCCCCCGUCUUGUACAUUUGUAUCAAUAAAGAUGUGAGCGUCGCACGGG